AUUAUUUAAAAAAAUUCUGUUUAGUAAAUUACUCAUAAAUAUACAGACAUUGAUUGCGAAAGAAACUUCAUAAAAAAGACUAUAAAAAGGUCAGUAAAAUGUAAUUGGAAUUUACUAAAAGAAAAUUCUCUACAUUUGUUUGUUUGUUUGAAAUUUCAAAUUUAACAGUUUUCGCGGAUAUUUCAAAAUCGAACGCCACAUUUAAUAAAAGGAAACACAAUCUUCUUAUCUGAUAUUCAUUUAUUAUUUGAAAAAAGGAGAAAUUCAACAGACGGAUUCUGAUAAUCAUGGUUUUGAAACUGGGCCCUGAUAAUCCACCGAUUGUAAUCGAUAAUGGUACUGGAUUACUAAAAGUUGGUUAUGCUGGUGAAAUGGAACCUCGAGCUGUUGUUCCUAUGAUACUUGGUCGACCAAAACACAUGAAAUUGAUUGUUGAACAAAAUUUAGAUGAAUGUUUUAUUGGUGAUAUAUCUGGGGGGAAAAGAGGUGGACUUACCUUAUCCUAUCCAAUAAUGAAUGGUGUAGUACAGAAUUGGGAUGACCUUGAGACAAUAUGGCAACAUGUUUUCUCCAAUGAAUUACGUAUCCUACCAGAGAAUCAUCCUAUGCUAUUGACUGAAACACCGUUGAAUCCAAAAGUGAAUCGUGAAAAGAUGGCUGAAAUUAUGUUUGAACAAUUUAAUGCACCAGCUAUUUAUAUCUCCAUUCAAGCUGUCCUCUCACUGUAUGCUUCUGGUCGUACGACUGGUUUAGUGCUGGACAGUGGUGAAGGUGUUACACAUUUGGUUCCUGUAUUUGACGCUUAUGUGAUACCGACAGCGAUACAUCGAAGAAACUUGGCUGGACGAGAAGUUACCAAUCAUAUGAAACACUUGCUCACUGAAAGAGGUUAUAAAUUUGUUACAACCUGUGAACAUGAAAUAGCCCGUGAUGUAAAAGAGAAUGUCUGUUAUGUGGCAAUGGAUUAUGAGAAAGAAUUACAACUUAGCCAACAAGAUAAACGAUCCUGUGAAGUGUCCUACCGUCUACCUGAUGGUCAAGUAUUAAAUAUCGGUAAUGAAAGAUUUCGUGGCCCAGAGUUAAUGUUCGAUCCAAAGUUAGCUGGUUAUGAAAUGAAUGGGAUACAUAUGGCUACAAGUGAAACUAUCUCUCUGUGUGGUAUGGAUGUUAGAAAAAGUUUUUGGUCAAAUGUUAUUCUCACCGGUGGGACUACAAUGUUUCGUGGUUUCCCUGAACGUCUACGAAAAGAGUUGUAUCGAUUAGCGCCAAAUGGUGUAAAAGUCAAAGUGAUGGCAUCGCCUGAAAGAAAGUACUCCGUUUGGAUUGGUGGUGCUGUUCUAGCCUCAUUAAGUACCUUCAAUAAUAUGUGGGUCACUAAAGAAGAAUAUGAAGAAUUUGGCUCAGAGAUUGUACAUACAAAAUGCGUUUAAAUACACGGGCAGAUAAUAACUGUGAAUAGAUAUCAAAUUUGAAACUCAAUCUAUUGUUACGGGAUAUAUUAUUCAAUCCAAGUAAAUCUGUGUAAACUCUUUUACAUAGAGAAUCUAAUUCCAUUUAAAUAAGCCACACUUCAUACGAAACUAGAAUUGACAAGGUGAUAAAAUUCUGUUUUAAAAUUUACACUACUCAUGAGUAGCUUGUUUUAAAUUCAUGAAAUUGUUUAAAGUGAUGAUAAUAUAAAUAAAGUUAUUUGAAGUAUUAUUUGCCCAUG